AUGUCUCCAGAUGCGGAGGAUUGCGAAGAGGUGGAACGGCUAAAUGGAGAAGAAUUUCAGGAGGUACCUGUCCAUCAAGGCAGACGUAUCCAGCCAGAAGAUCCACCACCUGUGCAAGCUUGGACCGAAAACGAGGAGCUAGAACGUUCAGGAGGAGACAGCAGGACAAAUAGUCCAGGGGAAAACAGAAGAUUAUUGGGACACGAUGAGGCUCCUCCUUGUAACAAGUCCAAGUCUCGGCUUCAGGCUGGCUUGACUCUCGGCGUCUGGGGAGUGCCAAAGGAGAGCAAUAAGAAAAAACCAACAAAAUGCCAGCUACCUGGCUCUACAAAAGGGACGAAAACAAAGUUUCAGAAGAGGAAAGAGAAACUUAUUGCAGUAUUGAAGCCACCCUACUUCAUUCUUAUCAUGAUAGUAACUAUAGUGUGUAUUCAUGUGUGGGGCACGGACUCGAUGCGGGCCCAGCUCGAAUGGGCGCCGGGAGCGUGGUGGCGGAAACCUUGGAGACUGCUCACGUACGGCUGCGUCCACGCCAGCAGUGCUCAUUUAGCACUGAAUGCGCUUGUGGCUCUCGCUGUGGGUUGGCGCUUAGAGCUGGAGCAAGGCUGGCGACGCGUAGCGGUGGUGUGGAUGGGGGGUGUGGCGGCGGGCGCGCUGGGUGCAGGUGCUCUGCAGCCACAUGUGCGAGUGGUGGGAGCUUCUGCUGCCGUGUACGCACUGCUCACUGCGCACCUACCUAACGUCUGUCUCAGAUUCGGUCACAUCCCGCUGUGGUGGUUCCGCCCGCUGAGCGUGGUGGUGUUGGGUGCGUCCGAGGGCUGCUGGGCGCUGCUGCGAGCGCCUCCAGCACUCCCCGUGCCCCCCUCGCCCACCGGUCCUCACGCUCCCCCCAACUACGACCACGUGGCAUGGGCCGCGCACGUGCUGGGAGCCGCUGUGGGCGUGCCACUCAGCUUCAUCGUCUUCGACGGCGAAAAUUACAAGAAGCCUUACAUCGUGGCAUGUCGCGUGAUCUCGGGCUUAGUUCUGACGGCUGGUGUGAUUACUGCAGCAGCGCAUUACGUCUUCUGGUACGACGUGGACCACUACACCUGA